AUUUUAUAGAAAUUAAUGUUUAUUUUAUUCUCUCUGCAGCUCUUGAAAUAUUUGAAGAAACUCUCCACCUUGCCUAUUACAGUAGACAUUCUUGCGGAGACCGGAGUUGGGAAAACAGUAAAUAGCUUGCGAAAACACGAGCACGUCGGAAGUUUUGCCAGGGAUCUGGUGGCCCAGUGGAAGAAACUGGUUCCUGUGGAACGAAACACUGAGCCUGAUGAACAGGACUUUGAGAAGAGCAAUUCCCGAAAGCGCCCCAGGGAUGCUGUUCAGAAGGAGGAGGAGAUAGAGGGGGACUACCAGGAAAACUGGAAAGCCUCCAGCAGCCAAUCCUAUAGCCCUGAUCACAGGCAGAAAAAACACAGAAAACUCUCGGAACCCGAGAGAACUCACAAAGUGUCUCACGUUCAGGAGAGGAGAGAUGAGAGAAAGAGGUGCCAUAGAGUUUCACCAGUUUAUUCUUCAGACCACGAAUCUUCUGAUUAUGGCCAUGUUCAGUCCCCUCCAUCGUCUGCCAGUCCCCAUCAGAUGUCCAUGGACCAUUACAGAUCCUUGGAGGACGACCACGAGCCCUUUGUUCCACACCAGAAGCCUGGGAAAGGCCAUAGUAAUGCCUUUCAGGACAGACUGGGGAUUAGUCAGGACCGACACCUGGGGGAUCCCCAGGGGAAAGGGCCUGUGAGUCAGAACAAGGAACACAGAUCUUAUAAGGAAAAACGUCUGGUGGAUGCCAGGGGAGAUGGGAAGUCGUCUUUGAGCAGGGAGAAAUCACACAAGGCCAUCUCCAAAGAGGAACACCGAAGGCCACUCUCAGGGGAUAGCACAAAGGAGAAACCGCCCUCUAGUGGUGUCAAAAAAGAGAAGGAGAAAGAGGGCAGCACCAAGAAGAAGUUUUUACCCCCCUUGGAAGUUGCUUCAGACAACCACCUUAAAAACAAGCCAAAGCACAAAGACGCAGAGAAAACCAAAUUGGACAAAAACAAGCAGAGUCUAGACAGCUUAGAUGUAGGAAAGGGGGCGGGAGACCCGCUGCCCAAGGUGAAAGACAGGGUUUCUAACAACCUAAAGACUUCAGAAGGGAAAGUAAAAACUUCUCAUUCAGAUAGAAAGUCAGUGAGCUCUCUCCCUAAGGUUGAGGCAGAUAUGGAUGAUGAAUUUGAGCAGCCCACCAUGUCUUUUGAGUCAUACCUCAGCUAUGACCAGCCCCGGAAGAAAAAGAAAAAGAUUGUGAAAACUUCAGCCACGACUGUUGGAGAAAAAGGACUAAAAAAAAAUGAUUCGAAAAGCACUAAUAAAAACUUGGACUCAGUUCAGAAAUUACCUAAAGUGAACGAAAACAAGUCAGAGAAGUUUCAGCCAGCUGGAGCUGAUUCAGCCAAGCUGAAAAAGGUCCCUGCAGACGCAUUGCCAGUGUUGCCAGACCUCCCAUUACCCAUGAUACAGGCCAACUACCGGCCCCUUUCUACCCUGGAAUUGAUGUCCUCCUUCCCACCAAAGCGAAAAGCGCUCUCCUCACCCCAGGAAGAGGAAGAAGCUGGAUUCACUGGACGAAGAAUGAAUUCUAAGAUGCAGGUGUAUUCUGGCUCCAAAUGUGCCUAUCUCCCGAAAAUGAUGACCUUGCACCAACAGUGCAUCCGGGUACUUAAAAACAACAUUGAUUCAAUAUUUGAAGUGGGUGGUGUCCCAUAUUCUGUUCUUGAACCCGUUUUGGAGAGGUGUACGCCUGAUCAACUAUACCGCAUAGAGGAGUACAAUCACGUAUUAAUUGAAGAAACAGAUCAAUUAUGGAAAGUUCAUUGUCACAGAGACUUUAAGGAAGAAAGGCCAGAAGAGUAUGAGUCGUGGCGGGAGAUGUACCUGCGGCUUCAGGAUGCCCGGGAGCAGCGGCUACGAGUGCUGACCAAGAAUAUCCGAUCUGCACAUGCCAAUAAGCCCAAAGGCCGACAAGCAAAGAUGGCCUUUGUCAACUCUGUGGCCAAACCGCCUCGUGAUGUUCGACGGAGACAGGAGAAGUUUGGAACCGGAGGAGCAGCUGUGCCUGAGAAAAUUAGGAUUAAGCCAGCCCCGUACCCCACAGGAAACAGCCCCGCCCCCUCCGCAAGUGGCAGCUGCAACAGCUUUAGCGGCAGCCCCGAGGAGCCAGCCUACGAUGGCCCGAGCACCAGCGGUGCCCACUUGGCUCCCGUGCUCAGCACUGUUUCCUAUGAUCCUAGGAAACCGACUGUGAAGAAAAUCGCCCCAAUGAUGGCCAAGACGAUUAAAGCUUUCAAGAACAGGUUCUCCCGACGAUAAACUGAGGACUUGCCUUGGAGAUGAAAUUUGUGGAGAGGAGUACUGGGACACUGGGGCUUGGGGAAUGGAACUUCCAAAGGAGACCAGGACCCUUUGCUUGGAGGCACCUUGCGGGCUCCGAACCCCACACGGCCCGCAGGUGUUGCCCCUUGUGAGCCUGCUGGCCGAGGCCUGGAGAACACUUCAGAACUCUGAAGAAGAUGUGAAGCCUCAGUCUUACUGAGGAUUUUAAGGUCAAUUAUACUUUUGUUGUUAAUUAGCUUCUUUGUAAACUAUAAGACAUAGUUUUAAUUAAUAAAUAUUGCCCCCAGAUUGUAUUUAUAUUACCCCAGUAUUUUUUUUUCCUUUUUUUUUUUUUAAGGCCCUCUACCAUAUACUUAGCCUUUUAUUUUCAGGGUCCUUUAUUAAAUUUAGAUAAAAACCUAGUGAAAGCCAUUCCCCUGUCACAGUUCAGCUCUUCUGAGGGGACUCUGGUCCAGAGGGAGGGCUGGGUGUCCUCAGAGCCUGUGUGGUGCCUUCUGCACGGAGGGCCAGGAGUGGGUCCUGGGCUGUCUGUCCUACUGGGGCGCCUUGACAUGGAGACCCGAAGUGUUUAAGGUAGACCCCUCACCUCUGAGGCCCUUCCCAGUGUUGCUUUGAGUUCCUAUGCAGGUGCAUCUCUUUCUUCAUUAAAUAGUAUUUAUUAAAGGAGGUUAUUUGUAAAGGUCAA